AUGAGUUCUCCAGCGGUCGGCCAAGAUGGCAUGUCAUUGGACACCUUUCUGGCUGUCGGAUGUACUUUGGUCGUCCUGUCGGCAUUAUUUGUCGCAGUUAGAGUGUGGUCGGACUUUAGGUUCGCCAAUAAGCUCUUUGUCGACGACUACUUUGCCGUCGCCGCCAUCAUCCUCUUGGCGGCAUGCUUUGCCAUGUUCCACACGAGUCUCAUAGCAUACUCGGACCCUCUCCAGAUGAUGACCAAGAUGCGAGAGAUUUCCCAGUACGGCGUGGCCGUGGCGUUCCUGUCCGGAUUCUCCAUGUUCUUUGCCAAGGCGCCCGUCCUCCUACUGCUGAUGCGCAUCUUCGGCGUCGAGAAGUGGCUGCGAUGGACUUGCGUCGUCACGCUCGUCGUCCUAUUCAUAGCCACCGUGGCGGGUGAUGCCUACAACGCCCACAAGUGCAACCCCCCGGCCGUUCCCCCGAUGGAGUUCAUUUUGAGCUGCGCUGAUGCGUCUGCUUUGGUUGGUGUCAUCCUGGGCCCGAUCGGUCUUGCCGCCGACAUCGUCAUCUUUAUCCUCCCCAUCCCGGUCAUUGUCAAGCUCCACAUGCCUCUGGCAAGGAAGAUUGGACUUGGGCUCGUCUUCUUGUCUGGCAUUUUUGCCAUUACUGCCAGUGCCGUGGCACUCUAUUACAAAUUCCAGUCGAGGUCCGGGACUGCCACGGACAUUGGUCUUGGAAUGACACUGACAACUAUCGAGUCGACAAUGGUCAUCAUUGCCGGCUGCGCACCAGCUCUUCGCGCCUUCUGGGGUGGUUUCAUCAUCGAGACUCGCCUCUACGGCAAACUCUCCUCUUUCCUCUCUUCCAGGUCUCGCACCAGGACAGGUGGCUCAUCAUCGGUCAAGCGGUCGAAGCAGUCUCAAGAUGCUCUUGGCGACGAGACAACUCUAAGAAACACCUAUGUCACGCUGGAGGACCACCACUCUACCAAACGUUCCAUGGGGUCAAACAUUGAUCAUAGCAUGGAAGUGCCGCUCGACUCAUUUGACCGUCGCAAGUAG